AUGUUUGGCAGUCAUUCCAAGUUGAGCAUUGCACAAAUUGUGUUCUAUAUACCGGUAACGUUUAUUGCACUUUAUCUCGCCAGCUAUCGGCACAAGCGACCUCGCAUGGCGUGGAUCAUCUUGUCAUUUUUUUCCAUCAUUCGCAUUACCGCAGGAAUUUUGGUAAUUAUUGGGACCAAAUCCAACAGUACAGGCGUGAUGAUAGCUUCAGUCAUCUUCCUCAAUGCUGGCGUGAUUCCGUUGAUCGGAGCGACUUUGGGCUUCAUUCGAAUAAUAGCGGCUCUGGAGCAAGAUAUGAGCCGACAAAUCCGGCAAUGUUUAGUCGUGACUCGGUUCCUUUUCAUUGCCGGAAUCGCACUCACUGUCGCAGGAGGAGCUCUGGAAGGAAGUGACACUGUCAGUGAUGCCCUCACGGGUAUUAAAAUUGUCAAAGCCGGAUACAUCGUCGUGUUGGUGUUCGUCGGGUGUUUACUUGCCAUGCAAGUGUAUUUCUGGACACAGCGAUUGUGUCUUACGGCAACCAGCAGAACGAUUCUCAAAUCCAUGGCUCUUGCUACGCCUUUCAUAGCCGUUCGUAUCACAUACCUCUUUUUGUCGGUAUUCCAGCCAGCAGACCUGAGGUGGAACGAUCUCAACGGCCCGAUUGCCCCCUUCUUGACUAUGGGUCUUUUGAUGGAGUACUUUGUUGUGUGUAUCUAUCUUAUUACGGGGUUUCUUAUUCCUAGUUGGAGAAACAUCAGAAAGUCAGACAUCCUCUUGGAUGGAGAGUCGAGAUGA